AUGGGAGCCUGGGGAGAUUUUUCCAGCUCAGAACAGUCCGCGGCUGCCCCGCGGGGCACGACCUUCGCCGCCCGAGGGCAGAGCUGCCGGGAUCUCCAGAUCCCUUCCAGCCUUGGGACUUUUGACGGGGCUCCAGCGGGGCUGGAGCCCGACGAGCGUAGUCUGUGGGUGUCGCGCGUGGCGCAGAUCGCUGUGCUCUGCGUGCUGUCGCUCACCGUGGUCUUCGGCGUCUUCUUCCUGGGCUGCAACCUGCUCAUCAGGUCGGAGAGCAUGAUCAACUUUCUGGUGCAAGAGCGCCGGCCCUCCAAGGACGUGGGCGCCGCCAUCCUGGGGCUCUACUGAGCGCCGCCGC